AUGACCGCAGCUAACGUAUGCUCACCCAACUUUGUUUCUGUUGUUCUUGGUUCGCAAUGGGGAGACGAAGGCAAGGGAAAGCUUAUUGACCUUCUUUCGCAAAAGGUAGACAUCGUGGCGCGUUGUCAAGGCGGUGCAAAUGCAGGACACACCAUUAUCCUUAACGGGCAAAAGUACACGUUUCACUUGCUGCCAUCUGGAAUUCUGCAUUCACGAGUUGUUGGAUUUAUUGGAAAUGGUGUUGUGAUCCAUCUGCCUUCUUUAUUUAAGGAGAUAUACCAGCUUGAGGGACAAGGGGUGUCACCCAUCCUACCAAGGCUGAAAAUAUCCUCGAGAGCACAUAUUGUUUUUGAGUUUCAUCGAACCGUUGAUGGCCUUCUCGAAUCUGAAGCUCAAAAUUCUUCCAUCGGAACGACCAAGCAAGGAAUCGGACCGACAUACUCUUCAAAGGCAUCAAGGUUUGGGCUACGGAUAGGCGACCUGCUAUGCGACGAAAAAGCCUUUAAAGCUCGGUAUUUUCAACUAUUGAAUGGAUUCUACAAACGCCACCAGGGCUUCACUCAUGAUUGCGAUGCUGAGUUGCAAGAACUAUUCAAAUUUAAAGAUCUUUUACGCCAAGUCGUUAUCGAUGAUGGGGUCAGCUACCUUAAUCGAUCACGGACGCAGGGGAAGGAAAUCCUAGUGGAAGGUGCAAAUGCGCUUCUUUUGGAUGUUGAUUUCGGCACAUAUCCGUUCGUAACGUCUUCAUCUUGUUGCAUCGGAGGUGUAGUGGCAGGUCUUGCGGUCCACCCGAGGUCUUUGUUUCCAAUUAUCGACGUAAUCAAGGCAUACACCACCCGCGUUGGGCAUGGUCCGUUUCCGACAGAAUUGGAUUUGGAACAAGACCCAAUUGGCUUACAUCUUUCUUCAGUUGGAGCAGAGUAUGGAACCACCACGGGAAGGAAGAGAAGGUGUGGCUGGCUCGAUCUAGUGAUCCUAUCCUAUUCCCACGCAAUCAACCACUAUGAUCUCCUAAAUCUCACAAAGCUUGAUGUUUUGACUGGAAUUGCAAAGAUUAAAAUAGCAACCGCAUAUAGAAUGAAAGAUGGGACCAUUUCAAAGGACCUGAUUCCCUCCUGCUUGGAUGACUUGCCCAAAACGGAUGCCGAUGUUAUUUAUCAUGAGAUGGACGGUUGGAACGAGCCGAUCUCUCACAUAAGAGAGUUUGGCGACUUGCCUGAAAAUGCAAAGGCUUACAUUCAAUUUAUUGAGGACUACAUUGGGGUGCCCAUCAAGUGGAUUGGCAUUGGGCCCUCUCGCGACGCCAUGAUUGCCAGAAUGUAG